GCACGAGCUGCAAGUAUGGAGGACGAAUCUGUUAGCUCUCUGCUAAAUGUUUAACGCAUAGAGCACGAAUACUCCCAAAUGGUCCAUUUUGCAAACUAUCACUUGCCACACAUGUUACACUGACUUACUGCACAAUCGCUAGUUUGUUAAAUUUUAGCCCGAAACCGAGAACAAACCAUUCAUGUUGCGAUAGAGCUAAUUAAGUAGCUAGUUAGUUCGCAGCAGCUGUAAAGUAAAAUUUUACUCAGGUCCAGGAAACAUACAGAACACAUCAACACGUUUAUGUAUUUUAGGUCUGUUUGUUGAGUGAGGUUUGGUUUGGGCUGGUUUUAAGACGGGGAUCUGCCCCGACCUGUGAUUGGAGGACGGUUUGCCACGUGCACAUUUCUUUACAAUGCCACACGAGCACGUUUGAUUACCUGACAGGUUGCUCCGUGGAGCGAGUGGAGCGUCAAUCUCAGGGGUUCGACUGCAGCGAACGGCCGAGGAACCUGCUGCAGAUUCUUUUUAAUGCAUCGGCUUGAGGCCGUUCUUCAACAAACACGAUGGCUUUGAGCUCGUUCGACAUCGAUGCGCCGCGAUGGGAUCAGACCACGUUCAUGGGCCGACUGAAACACUUCUUCAACAUCACAGACUGUCGCACGGCGCUGCUGCCUGACUCGCGCCUGGAUGAAGCCAAGGCUUUGGUGGACAGCUGCAGGGCAGGGUCCAUCCCUCCUGGAACUACAGAGGAGCAGCUCCACUACGCUAAGAAGCUCUACGACUCUGCCUUUCACCCAGACACAGGAGACCGAAUGAACCUCAUUGGCCGAAUGUCGUUCCAGGUCCCCGGGGGCAUGGCCAUCACCGGCUUCAUGCUGCAGUUCUACAGGACGGUUCCUGCUGUGGUGUUCUGGCAGUGGGUGAAUCAGUCCUUCAACGCUCUGGUCAACUACACCAACCGUAACGCUGCCUCCCCCAUCACCACCAAGCAGAUCGGAGUCGCCUACUUCACAGCCACCAGCACGGCUUUAGCAACGGCAGUCGGACUCAACCUCUACACAAAGAAAGCUCCUCCUCUCGUGGCUCGCUGGGUCCCUUUCGCGGCCGUGGCAGCAGCCAACUGUGUUAACAUUCCCAUGAUGAGGCAGCAGGAGAUCCUGAACGGCAUCGCUGUCACCGAUGAAAACGGCAACAAACUGGGCCACUCUAAGAAAGCUGCGGUAAAAGGCAUCACUCAGGUGGUGAUUUCUCGGAUCACUAUGGCCGCUCCAGGAAUGAUCGUCCUUCCCAUCAUCAUGCAAAGGCUGGAGAAAUACAAGUUCAUGCAGAGAAUCACGUUUCUCCACGGACCAAUUCAAGUGAUGAUGGUGGGAGGCUUUUUGAUCUUCAUGGUUCCCGCCGCCUGCUCCCUGUUCCCCCAGAGAUGCUCUAUGUCCGUGACGAAGCUGGAGCCCGAGCUGAGAGACUCCAUCGUGUCUCAGUACGGAGACAAAGUACAACGAGUCUACUUCAACAAAGGCCUCUGAGACCAGGGCGCCACAUUAGUGUUUUCUAUUCGACACACAACACGAAGACGAAGACACGUGUGUGUUUACGUGAAGUGUCGUAACUUUCUAAGUAUUAGUGUCAUUUUUUCGGUGUUCAUCUUUGAGGGAACUGUCUGUGGAACUUCUGAUCAAUUAUGUCACUUCUUCUUUUUAAAGUAGCUUCACCCUUUAUUCCUGUCGAGGAACCAAAAUGAUCUCACCUCAGGAACAGCACGUCGUCUUACAUCUCACUAGUCGGUUUUCUUUGUGUCCAUCUCUGCCACGCUUCAUCACGGCCCGUGCCUUUUUUUUUUUUAUGAUGGACUUCUUACUUUUUAUUUCUUUUCUUUUUUUCAGCUGACACAGGCUGAAGUAUGAAACUUAAACAAAAUGCCUCUAUGCAUGAGUCGUUGGGUGCAGUGGAGGCUGCUGCCCCCUUCUGCCAGAAAGGAGAAAGAUUAGUGUUACAGUUUAUCCUGGAUGAUUUCACUGCGUAACCUCUGACCUCGCUAUGAGCUGGAAUAAAGAAAUCGAAAACAAUA